AUACGAAACAAGUCACUAGCAAAUGGAGAGUUCUGGUGUUUCAAUUACUAAUAAUGCUCAAACACAAAGGGUUCCUAAACCCUGUGUUAGUAGUACGCAUCACAAUGGAACACUUGUAUCAGCCUUGUUCAAGAGGGAGGAAUCUUUCUUGGUUCUUUUGGGUAUAUAGUUCCUUCUUUUCUUUUGCAAUGUGAACUUCCUUUUUGUGGAAAACAAAAGCACAAGAGGAUCUUUUUUUUCUUGUGCUUGAAUUUCACCACGGAAAGGAACACUGAUUUUGCUUCCAAAUCUCUUGUUUUUAUGUAUGUGGUUUUCUGUUGAAUAUGGUUCAAAGAAUAGUUCUAGGAAACUCGAAGCCAUCUUUCUCUCAGCACCAAGAUGGCAAAACCAGAAAAACUGAUACGAUGAAGAAAAUGAUGAUGUCAAGGUCCUUUCAGCUUUCUGAUUUUGAGCUUUCUCGUUCAUCGUCUUUAUCUCAACCGAGAAAGUCACCAAAUUACAUGAAGCCUACCAGCAGUUCGGAAGCAAAGAAAGAGCUUUUCUCUGUUAGUCAUCGGCAUAAACAAUCUAGUUCAGAUGGUAAGAGUCUACCACAAAAGGGUAUGAGAAAUUCAAAAGCUAGUUUCGUUUCUUGCAAAGAACAUGCAAAAUCUUUGUCUAGAUCGUGUAGUUUGAAUUCGGUGAGAACAUUAACGAAGAGUCAUAGCUUUAAGCCUUGCAAAGCUUGUUCAAAAAAAUUCACAUCAGAAGUUAUGUUCGAAGACGUGAAUGCACCAGAGAGGGCUACGUGUUCUUCAACUUUGAAAGAGUAUAACUUCCCCGAGUUCCUCACGCUUCACCCCGGAGGAACUGAGUCUGAGGGAGUUUCGGUCAUGAAGGUUUGCCCUUAUACAUACUGUUCUCUUAAUGGCCAUGGUCAUGCUCCUUUGCCUCCAUUGAAGAGCUUCGUGUCAGCAAGAAGGCAUCUUUUGGAGACCCAGAAGAAGAACACGAACCUGGAACUUGUGAUCCCUCAAAGAUGUGAUAUUGAGCAGAUUUUCUUUAAUGAAAAGCCUCAAUUUGAUGAAGCUGCUAUAGGUAAUCCAACAAUCUCGCCCUUGGCACAAGAAAUUGGUAUGGAUUUCCUUUUUGAAAUCUAUGCCAAGGAAAGGGAAGGAGCUGAAGAAGUGAGAAAAUUCAACACCGUCAAAGAGAUUGAAAAACCAGAAGAUAUCAAUUUUGCAAAGGAUGAGAAUCGCAUUGCAGCAGAAGAGGAUGGUGUCAAGCAAGUUACUCAAGGUGUGACUCUUGAUCUCCUAAAGUCUCAGAAAGGGGAUUUCAGAAACUACUUCACUGUUGCUGCAGCUGAAGUAGAUAACAAAUGGAGCUUUCAUCUAGGAGAAGAUGUUGAAGAUGCAGAGGAAAAUCAUCCAACUAGCUUGUUUCAUGAAGAAACCUGUACAGAAAGCUACUGCAAUGUUGAGUUGGAUGAGUACUAUUCUCCAUGCUGGGAGGAACAACAUUUCCGUGAAUUCAUCUAUGAAGACACUACUGAUUCUUCUAUCUUCUCAGUGGAGGAGAUCAACUCAAAACUCGAAUCGCUAUCAGAGAGAUCGCGUGAUAAAUCUGAAAUGUUGUUAGAUGACAUCUUUAACAGCAAUUAUGCAGACAUUAAUGUUGAAGAUGUCAGACUCCAAGAAGACAAAGAAGAGAGGACAAUAUGUUUUGAAGCACAACCUCAUUGCACUGAUUUUGUUCUUGAAGACACAAGUGAAAGCAUCGAGUUUCUCAUUCAAGAAAAAUAUUAUCCAUCCAAAGAUAUAGAUUCCGAGUAUGAGGAAUCUACUUUGAGCAAGGGAGUAUUUCAGACUCUAACUAAUGAACAGGAUAACAACGGAGAAAAUGAGAAACAUGUGGAUUACGAGGUUAGUUGUGUCUCAAUGUUACUUGAUGAAGAGAUUGUUGAAAAUAGUGAAUGCCACAGCAGUAGUGAAAGCUGCAAGAUUGAUGAGAGCUAUGAAGAUAAAGAUGCAAGCCUAGAGAAUGAUGAUGAUGAUGAUGAUGAUGAUGAUGAUGAUGAAUUUAACCGGGAGCACAUAAUUCACAUGUCUAAAGUGCUUGAAGAAAGCACCACCAUUAUUAUUCAGGAGCAAAAAUUUUCAGAGGAAAAUGAAGUUAAAAGUAGUAACUUGAAGAGCACAGGAGGUGAAGAGAAGCACGCAAACAAAAAUUGGCAAUGGGGAACUAAGCGCAAGAGAGCUGUAGAAGAGGAAGAGGAAAUGAGAAAGAUAAACCCACGAAAGCCAAAUUUUCUGCCAUUAGUUUCUGAGCUAGAACCAGAGAAGGUUGAUCUGAAGCACCAAAUGAUAAAUGAAAGGAAAAAUGCAGAGGACUGGAUGCUUGAUUUCGCACUGAGACGAGUUGUCACAAAACUUGCUCCAGCUGGGAAAAGGAAAGUGUCAUUGCUGGUUGAAGCUUUUGAAGCAGUAAUGUCAAUGCCCAAAGGCGAAGCUCGUAUAAGAAAUGAUUCACCCUUUGUUCAUGCAAGACCUAUUCAAGCUUGUAGCUGAUUUAUGCAUGCUACAAAGGUAAACACUGAGAGUCUUCUCUCAUUCCUUACAUCAAGUGCUAUCUUGCAGAAAUCAAAGACACCAGAAAAAAGCCAAUCUCCACGACCAGGAGAAAUCUGAAAGUACCCAUUUCAAUGAGUAACUUUCUAUGCAUCUGCUUUCUGAAGCUUGGAGAAAAUUCCACCGGCAGGGUUUUAUGGCUUUUACAUGAACACAGAAACAGAAGAAACGGACGUGGAUCUGCUAUAUGAAUUUGUUAUGCUUACUUUGGUAUUUGCUUUGUUUAAGUUGUGUUUGAUGGACUAUUACUUUCGUGUAUAAUAAAUGCAUUUUAUUUCUAUCCAAAAGCGUAGCUAU